AUGGUCGACUAUAUCACAGCGUCAUUGAACCCAUCACAAGAGAAAGCCGUCCGUCACUGUCCGGACAUCCCACUUCAGAUUUUGGCUGGUCCAGGAAGUGGAAAGACCAAAGUUCUCACAUCGCGAAUCGCACACCUCAUUCUUCAUCAUCGUAUUCCUCCCUCAGCGAUAUGCGCCGUAACGUUCACCAACAAGGCUGCAAACGAGAUGAAGGAACGACUUUCAAAACUAAUAGGCAGGGACUGGACCUACCAGAUCAAGAUGGGAACAUUCCAUGCGCUCUGCGCUCUCUUCUUGCGGCGACAUGGCACGUUGGCUGGAGUUGACUCCAAUUUCACGAUCUGUGAUGCUGACGAAAGUGAGAAGCUGAUCACGAAGUUGGUCAAGCCCCGGCUAGAGGAAUGGGAAGCAAAGGGGAUCACGGUCAAGGCGAAGACCGUCAUGUCCGUCAUUUCUAAAGCCAAAGCCCAAGGCCAUAAUCCACAACAGUACCUUCGAUUCUCUGUCGCGAAGGACGGCAUAAUACCGCCCAAUCCACCGCCUCCCGAUCCCCUCACAGUCAUGUUCGCUGAGGUCUACACGGACUACCAAAAGACGUUGAGGAAAAGCAACAGCCUCGACUUCGAUGACCUCCUCGUAUAUGGUGUGAAACUAUUCAGGGGCCACGACAAAGUGGUCUCGUGGUGUCGCCAUGUACUUGUUGAUGAAUUUCAAGAUACGAACACAAUGCAGUACGCAAUCAUGAAGCAUCUUGCGACCCACCACACCUCCGUUACCGUCGUGGGCGAUCCAGAUCAAUCCAUCUACGGCUGGCGUUCAGCGGACGUGGCCAAUCUGAAGAAGAUGCAAAAAGACUUUUCCACAACGGAACAGAUUUUUCUGGAAGAAAACUACAGAUCAACAGCUUCCAUUCUUGCUGUAAGCCUGGCUAUUGUCUCGAAAGACAAAACACGUAUACCCAAGUCUCUACAUACAUCACAUCCACACGGGACCAUCCCAAUGCUAGGUACAUUUCGCGACGAGAAGAUGGAGGCUCAGUUCAUCGCCACGGAAACCAAGCGUCUUGUUGCAGCAAGCGGCGGCAUGUUUGAAUGGAAGGAUUUUGUUAUCCUGUUGCGUUUUAAUGCGCUCUCUCGCGCCCUCGAAGCUGCUCUACAAAAGGAAGGCAUCCCCAACCGAGUUUUGAACGGACAUAAAUUCUUUGAACGGAUUGAGAUCAAGGACCUCUUGGCUUAUCUCCAGACUGUCGACAAUCCCCUCUUCGUCCCUGCUUUCGUUCGGUGCAUAAACACACCUCCACGCACCAUUGGCGAAAAGUCCGUGAACGAGAUACUUGCCAGAGCAGAAAAGGACAAGAUUUCGCCACUGACUCUCCUUGAGGGCAUAUACGAUAGCAAAAUGCCAGACAUCAAACCCGCUGUAAAGCGCAAGAUAGGGAGUUUCGUGCCGACCAUUCGGAAGCUUCGCAAGCUCGCUAACUCGGGAACGCCCCCAGCAGACCUCAUACGCGAGCUGCUCGAGCUCACAGCUUACGAAGGAUACCUCAAGAAGCUAUUUCCGGACUGGGAGACCCGAUGGGAGAACGUCCAGGAGUUGAUCACCUUCGCAGCUCAACCUCAGGAAACCAUACGCAUGGAUCUCGACGCAGUGGAAGUGCCACAAGCAUCUCAGUCACAGGACCAAUCUCAAUCGCAAGAACAGGACAACAUCGAGAUGUAUGAUCUUGAGCAAGAUGGCUUUAUGGUUGUCGAUGAGCCUGCGAGCGAAGUCAAAGGAAAGGAGAAGGAGAAGCCCGUUACUACACCUCCCAAAACUGAACAAGGACUACUCGAGACCCCGCUGCGCACUUUCCUGCAAGCGUCUAUGCUGUCAACUGACUCAGAGACCAGAGAAGACGGUGACAAGAAUAAAGUCACAAUCUCGACAUGCCACGCAGCGAAGGGACUGGAAUGGCCUGUCGUUUUCGUUCCCGCAGUCGAGAAAGACAUCUUUCCCUUUUACCGAACGGAGGAUACUGAAGAAGAACGGCGUCUUCUGUACGUGGCAUGUACCAGGGCGCAAGGUCUGCUGUACAUUUCCAACGUGGUAGGCCGUAUGCACGGAGGCAAGGUCAAGUUCACACAAGUCUCGGAAUUCAUAUCCGCCGUGCUCAAAGAUGACCUUACCUUGACGACGACCCAGCCUCCAGCGAUGAACUACCCGGAAGUCGAGGUCAUCUCGCGUGUGCUUCGACAACCAUGUCCUUCGAUAGAAGAUAUCAACAAGAGAAUGCGCGAAUAG